AUGCCACUCCAGCCGAAAGACAAGUCGGAUUCCGAGUGGUUGAAGGACGCGGGGUACUCUGGCAAGCGUGGCCUGAAGAACUUCAUGAUGGCAUAUGGACUUAAACUGCCGAUGGAUUAUGAUGAGGGAAAGCGAUAUAUUGAGAAACUUCGGGGCGCUGACCAGGACGCGUGGGAGGCUGCGCAGCGUCCCAAAGCCCUCGCAUCGGGCGAAAACAAGGAGAACGCGACUCCCACCCAAAAGUCCGCCCGUCUCUACGGCGGCACGCCCGAAACCGUCUCUCGCCUCGUCCGCCCCUUCAAAUGUCCUGGUACUGCUGCCCCAACACGGGCUUCCGAGAAACCCGCCCGCAAGCGCCGCAAGAUCAGCUACAAGGACGCUGACGGAAGCGUCGAGGACGGCGACAAACCAUACUCUAAUGAAGAACGCCUCGCGCUCGCCACUCGCGAUGCGAAUCGCUUCCCGGUGUUCAAACCAAAAGAUAAGGACACGGCAUUUAAGUCGCGCUUUGCGGUGCCGCUACUGAAUAAGAAUGUCGGGGAGUACAACGCGUUUCGCCCGGCACCUUUGCUGGGAAUGAGGCAAGGCCGGGUAUUUGUGGCGAGGCCGCUGCAUGAUCCGAGUGGAGAGUUUGCAAUUGUGUUGUAUGAUCCAACGGUUGAUGAUAAGCCGAAGACGCUGGCGGUAGAAGAGGCGAAGGAGGGAGAAGGCAAUGGAGAUGAGGUGACAUUAGAUGCACCGGUUGUGCAUAAGAGUCUUGCGGACAUUUUAGGGUUGAAGAAGAAGGUAGAUGAUAGACCGAAGGUGCCGGUGGUUAUUGAUCCGAAAUUGGCGAAGGUGCUGAGGCCGCAUCAGAUUGAGGGUGUUAAGUUCUUAUAUAGAUGUACCACUGGUUUGAUAGAUCCGAAUGCUGAAGGAUGCAUUAUGGCCGAUGAGAUGGGUCUAGGAAAGACACAAUCUCCCGAAGCAGGCAAACCAACAAUUCAGAAGUGUGUUAUUGUCUGCCCAUCUAGUCUCGUGAGAAAUUGGGCGAACGAAUUAGUCAAAUGGCUGGGCCCGGACGCAAUAACUCCAUUCGCAAUUGAUGGCAAGGCAUCUAAAGAAGUACUGACGCAACAACUUCGCCAGUGGGCUAUCGCAAGUGGCCGUGCUGUCGUUCGACCAGUCUUGAUCGUCUCGUACGAAACGCUAAGGUUAAAUGUUGAAGAACUAGCGCAGACACCCAUAGGACUACUCCUCGCCGACGAGGGACAUCGACUAAAGAAUAGCGAAAACCAGACAUUUGUGGCCUUAAGUGGACUCAAUGUCCAAAAACGUGUUAUCCUCACUGGAACUCCAAUCCAAAACGAUCUUUCUGAAUACUUCUCACUACUCAACUUCGCCAAUCCGAACUAUCUGGGCACUCGCAACGACUUCCGCAAAAAAUUCGAACUUCCUAUUCUCCGAGGACGUGACGCCUCUGGUACUGAUGCUGAUCGCAAAAAGGGCGACGAAUGCUUAAGUCAGCUCCUCACUUUGGUCAACAAAUUUAUCAUUCGCCGCACGAAUGACAUCCUUUCGAAAUACCUCCCGGUUAAGUACGAGCACGUUGUCUUCUGCAAUCUCGCACCCUUCCAGAAGGACCUCUACAACUACUUUAUCAAGACUCCUGAGAUCCAGUCCCUGCUUCGUGGAAAAGGCAGUCAGCCCCUCAAAGCUAUCGGGAUGCUCAAGAAGCUUUGCAAUCAUCCAGAUCUGUUGGACUUACCUGGCGACCUGCCUGGAUGCGAGGACAUCUUCCCCGAUGACUUUGUUCAGAGAGAUGCCCGUGGUCGGGACCGCGAUGUGAAAGUUUGGUACUCGGGCAAGAUGCUCGUCCUUGAUCGCAUGCUAGCCCGGAUCCGCGCCGACACCAACGACAAGAUUGUUUUAAUCUCCAAUUAUACACAAACCCUCGACGUCUUUGCGCAACUUUGCCGCGCACGCAAUUAUGGCUGCCUCCGCCUCGAUGGCACCAUGAACGUUUCCAAACGCCAAAAGCUCGUCGACAAAUUCAACGACCCAGACGGUCCCGAGUUUAUUUUUCUCCUCAGCAGCAAAGCUGGCGGAUGCGGUCUCAAUCUCAUUGGCGCGAACCGCCUCGUCCUCUUCGACCCAGACUGGAAUCCCGCAGCUGAUCAGCAGGCCCUCGCGCGUGUGUGGCGUGACGGACAGAAGAAAGACUGUUUCGUAUACCGCUUUAUCGCAACGGGUACGAUCGAGGAAAAGAUCUUCCAGCGUCAGUCCCAUAAGCAGUCCCUCUCCUCCUGCGUCGUCGACAGUGCAGAAGACGUCGAACGCCAUUUCAGUCUCGACUCCCUACGCGAGCUGUUCCAGUAUCGAGAUCACACGACUAGCGACACUCACGAUACGUUCAAGUGCAAGCGAUGUCGGAAGGAGGAUGGGAAGCAGAUCCUCACGGCGCAAGCGAUGUUGUAUGGUGACACAAGCACGUGGAAUCACUUUGUCAAUGGGGGAGAAAAGAGUCCACUGAGCACGAUUCAGGACUUGCUGUUGAGGCAGGAGACGGCGGCGGGGUGUGCGGAGGUGAGCGCUGUAUUUCAGUACAUCAGCCAUUGA